AUGGAAUCGUUAUCGCAUUUGACGCCAACCGAUCGCCAGAUUCUCAACAAAUCGUGGGCGAUUGUCUCAAAGGACACACAACAAGUGGCCGUCAACAUUUUCCAAAUGAUUUUCGAGCAGGCUCCCGACGCGAAACUCAUGUUCUCGUUCAUGAUGAAGGAUUACAAGGAAGACAAGAAAAGCAAUGAGUUCAUUUUCCAUGCAGUCAGAUUCAUACAGGUAAUCGAAUCGACGAUGACCCAUUUGGAAGAUCCCGAACAACUUGACGCGCUAUUUCUGAAUCUCGGCAAAAUCCACGCGCGACACGAGGAGCAACUCGGAUUCAGUGCGCAUUAUUGGUCCGUGUUCAAAGAAUGCGUUUUGUUCCAUUUUCGUCGUCAGAUGAAGGCCGACAAAAAAUUCUCGAAGAAGAGCGAAAUGACGCUCGCCGAAAUCGAUUCGGCCAUCAUUUUGUGGCGUGAAGUGCUUCGAUUCAUCAUCUCAAGAAUGAAAGUCGGCUACAGUGAGAACGGAUUGAUAAGGAAAGCAAACAAGCAGAUAAUCAACAAUGGCUAUCUGAAUGCGAAUCACGACGACAACACAACGAGUUGCUCCAACUCGGGCGGUCUUCAGGUCGAGACGAAACAAGAUCUCACACAGGUAGUUCAGCAUCCAGGCCGCAAGAAUGCUCGCUACUCGAUGGCAAACGCGAUCGUGCGAAACGCCAACGACGGCGACGAUUCGACGAGCUGCUCGUUUUUGUCGACAAUCGCCACAUGCUCACCGCGAUGGCUCCGAAAACGAAUAUCCGAACACGGCUCGCAUGCAUUACGUCGUCGUGAAAUGUCGAUCAUCGUGCCAGAAUACUUCAUAUCUCGUCGUAAAUCCGACGUCGACGUCUCCGAUGGAACUCCAUCGCCAAGCCAAUGA